AUGGGGGGAAAUGUAAGCGGUAUCAGAAAAAAUUAAUGAAAUAAUUUUUAUGACCUAUCAUACCCUAGUAUCAUCAAAAUAUUGCGUAGACAUCCUUUUAGUUGCUCCAUUCAAUUUGUAUUAUCCUGAUCAUCUCUCUGGCGUGGACUACAGUUGCGCAAUUUGGAAAACAAUGUUUGAGUCUACCUCCAGAGGAUUUCUUUGCUCCGUUUUUCUUAAUUUACUUGAUGCAUCUGGGUGGAUCUGUCGUUUAUCUAUUGUAUUUCCUUGGAAGCGUUUGUUUUUGCCAAGGAAAUGCGGACAAAAUAUUGAAAGAGGCAGUGUAUGUUUAUAAAGUUGAAAAAGUAAGCAUUCACUUUUACUUUGAUUGCUCGAUAAUUAUUGUUCAGAAUGAAAAGUUUUUCUCCCCCACAGUGAUCAAGAACGUUUUGUACAUGACCUUCCCAAUGUUGAUGCUUACAUUUACUCUGCAAUACGCAUAUGCCCAAUCAUUAAAGUUUAUCACAGCAUCCGUUGCAGCUUCUGUUAUGAGUACAAACGCAGCACUUGUUUGUGUUUUGGGAUGGGUGUUCCUAAAGGAAAAAGUUUUAAUGGUAAAAGUAAGUAAUCAAGUUGUUUUUCAAAAGGUGGUUUCUAGAUAUUGGGAGUGGUCUUCGCAGUGGUUGGAGUAAUUGUAAUGUCAUCAAAUGAAGGGGCACAAUCUGGAACGGAGAAUUUGGACGUUUUAGGAGUCUUUCUGGUAAUUUUUUCCGCGAUCGGUGCUGCUGUCUAUAAUGUAAGUUGCUGCUUUCUAUGCCGUUAGAAUUGCGUACAAAGCGUUAACACCUAAUUUUUUUUAGGUCACUUUCAAACUGAUUUAUGGCCAUCCAACUGUAAAUCAAGUCGCCUUCUUCAUGUUGAUCAUCGCAGUUCUAAAUGUAAUUGUCAAUUCCAUUCCUUUAUAUGUUUUGAUCCAAUAUGAUUACGAUCAUAUUGUCUGGGAGAAGGUUCCAUGGCUCUCAAUCGCUGCUUAUGCCGGAUCAAGCGUCAGUGAGUAAUGAACUGAAAAUUAUAAUAGUAAACAUGAUGACAUUACUAUUGGUAAUGCUACCCUUUUUAGUUUUCCAGUUCCUUGUCAACCUGGGAAUUGCUAUCCUAAAUCCGCUGAUUGUUUCAGUUGGAGUUCUCUGCGCCCUUCCUAUUAUAUCCGGUAGGAAAAUUGAUUUGUUACUAUCGCAUCAUGUUUAUACCGUAUUCUUCAUAUCCCAUAAUUUUAUUAAAUCCGGAUUACAUAUUUCUUUUAGCCUUCGACAUCAUGGUCCGCCAUGAGCCGGCGUCAUGGCGUUUCUACACCGGAGUGACCUUUUUUAUGUUGGCUUUUGUCUUCAGCGUAUUUCCAUUGGAUUCACUAUGGAAACGAAAGGAAAAGCGGGAUCAGCCCGAAUCCGUAGCAUUAAAUGAAGAAAGCAAAGCUUAA